UCUCCAUCACGGGCCCACGGGCCACGGCUACGGAUCAAGCUUACAAAUGUAAACACCGGUGAGAGGAGAGGCAAAGAUUUCUCAACACAUUAGUAUUACUGCUAGUGAAGGAUAACCGAGAACAAAUAUUGAAUAGCAGUGACGAAGGACAUCCUUGGAGUGUUUUGUGAACGUGGAGGCAGUGAGAGUGAAGGAAGAAAAGACAUUUGGACUUCAUCAUGUUGACCUCCAGGGUGGCCGCAGCCUUGCCCCGCCUCCUGCCAUGCACACGCCCAUACCACAAGCAAGCACUCACCAACACAAUUGUAAAAAAGAAGCGUUCUCAGCUGUUCACUCAGGAAGCACAGCGACAGGCUGCUCUAAUCACAGACGUAGAGAAGAUUGAAGUGCAGUAUGAUGGCCAGCCAAAGAACUGCACCCUCAUCAUGAACAAGGGCAUGUCCACACCAUAUAACUGUGCCCAGCACAUAAACCAAAUGAUAAUGGAAAGGUCCGUCUUAGCAGAAGUAGAUGGUCAGGUGUGGGACAUGCACCGGCCUCUGGAGGACAGUUGUACCCUCCGCUUCCUCCAUUUCAGACAGUCUGACCCAUACUAUGCCAACAAAGCCUUUUGGCGCUCAGCCUCAGUGAUGCUGGGAGCUUUGCUGGAGUCGUCUUUCAAGGACAAUCUCUAUGUGGAACUCUGCUCUUAUCCCUCACCAAAUGUGCGGAGUGGUAGCUUUGUGUAUGAUGUUGAUAUCAAGAUACCAGAGUGGGAACCCACCAAGGAAGAAUUAAGGACAUUAUCAGGAGAGAUGGUGAAGCUGUCCCUAGCUGCUCACCGCUUUGAAAGGCUAGAAGUUGAUGCUAGUGUGGCUCUCAAGAUGUUUGCAGACAACCGGUUUAAGACUCAACAGAUCCCUCAGAUGGCAGCACAGAGCACCUCAGGGAACACUGUGGUGGUGUACAGAAUUGGGGACUUUGUGGAGGUCAGCCGUGGCCCAAUGAUGGCUGACACGAGUCACUUGGGAAAAGUGUCUAUAGUAGCUGUUCAUCCCAUUGAGAGCAAUGAAGUGCAGCUGUUCAGAGUACAAGGAGUGGCUCUCCCAAGAGGAUUCCUGUUGAACCACUUUGCAUAUGGAGUAUUGGAGAAGAGAGCUCAACAAAUGAACUCUGGUCGAUUACCGCUUAAUAUCUCAUCCACUAAGCCCCAGACACAGGCCUCCACUUUGUAGUACUUUGUAGUUAGAUUGCUGUACAUAUUGUUCUCCAAUCAAGUGCAGAUAAAUACAUAUACGUAUGUAAUUAUUUAACCUCUUUAUAAGCUAAGCUGUACAAAUAAAAAUUCAGUAUA